ACCCAUGUGGGCAACAGUUUAAUCUUCUUCUACCCUGGAGGCCAUACUUGUACUGCUGUUCCUGGCAGUAUCAAGUACAAUGUCAUGCAUGAAGGGGAAGUUCAUUUUGCUGUCCAGCACCAGCUUCCUGCUAGUGAAGAUGUGCCUGACAUGUUUAGUCAUUAUCCACACUUCCCUGCAUCCCUCUAUAGUGCUAAGCUUUCAGACAUACUAGAGUUUGUCUGGCCAUCAUGGGUGGUGUGUCAUUUUGCAUGGUGGCAGUAUUCUCAGAGAGACACUGUCAUACUUCGACUGCAUCAGGUA